UCCCACCUCUAAUAAAAAUUUUAUUCCACCGAAACAUGAGCAAUCCCCCGAAGAAGGAAAUUUGCAGGAAUUUAGGAAGUUCGUCGGACAGAGUCGCGGUGUCGCACGUCAUUUUCGUUAAGAAGAGUGGGGAAAGGUAUCGCCGAUUCUUUUUCCCAAAGUGCUGCACCCGACACAUCCACCAGCUGGCUUUGAGGAUGUUCAAUGGACCCACCGAUCCCUAUUUUAUGCCCAUAUUUCGGUAUUUCGCGGAUUUCCUCAGGCAGUUCAUCGAAUCGGAGCAGAAUGAUGACUGGAGUGACGAGGAACCCACGUACAUACACGAGGGAGAGUCCUCUGAUGAAAAUGAUAUGGGAAAACCUAUGGAGAAUACUGAGAAAGAGAUUGAUGCGAGAACUAAGGACAAAGCUGGGAAAAUUACUAAAGGAGACGAUGUAAAAAAGGUUGAAGAUAAGCUAUCUAUGGCUGAAAAAGAUGUGACGACUGCAGAAGCGGAUACUAUCCAAAAUGCGGAACAGGACCUUUAUGAAGACUACAUUUUAUAUGAUCUAUAUGAGUGCCAAGCACAAAUACCCGAGGACGAACUUGAAGAGAUAACCGAAGAGUUUUUGCGGCAAAAUGCUGUGGACUAA